GGAGAGAGGAGUGGGAGGCAAAACUUGCAUCCAUGGAACUGGAGUGGAGAGGUAAUGCGCAUCAAGGCAACAAGUAGACUUCUAUAUUUAAAGGUUGCUGAGAAUCAACUUGGGGUAGUUUUAGAGAGUAGGCAAAUCAAGUGUCGAAGUCUGGUGCGCAAAAAACGUUGUUUUCUGACAGGGCAAAUUGACCUGAUCGCAAUGCUACCAGCUCGCUGACGAGGGAAGAGCGCUCCCUUUCUCCCAGCCCAGUGGAUUGUAGCAAAUUCUAUUGUGAUGCUAAAGUAGUGUCGGAGGAGGAAGAGGGGCUGACAAACGAUCAAAAGUGAAUCUAUCUACAUGUUCAAGUAAACGUGACUAUUUUUUGUCGUUUGUUCUAUCAAUUUAAUGUUAUUUUGUGGGCUGUUUAAUUUUCAUCACUUGUUGCUGACUGUUGGAACGAAAGUGAACUUGUUAAAACUGGACUGCCGUUAGAUUGGCUCAACCAUGUUUCAUUUGCUGACUUAAUAUUCGGUGAUGCUAGAAAAUGAUUUAUCCUUCAGGAGUGGACUUUCCCCUCUUGCUAUGCUCUUCGGGAAGACUUUAGGAAAAGGAGAAGAUAAAAAUCGGUUCUUCCAUCUCAUCGGCUUCAUUUCCCCUAUGCAGUGGGUCUGUUGGACUGAAUAGGACCGAGCCACCAGGCUAGGCUACCUCGGCGGUGCUAGUGAUUAUGGAUAGCAGUCUCCCCAGCUACAGCACAGUCAUACACCGAGGAAAGACGCUGCUUCUGGAGGCUCGGCUCCUGGGUGGGGCACCCUGGGGGUUUCAGCUCAAAGGAGGUCUGGAACAUGGAGAGGAGUUAAUCAUCUCAAAGGUUGAGGGAGGUGGGAAGGCAGAUCUGUUGGAACACCCCCUGUUGCCAGGGGACCAGGUGGUUGUCAUUAACGACGUGGAACUCAGUGGAUUCAGGCAGGAAGCCGUCUCAUUGGUCAAAGGAUCCUACAAGACUCUCCGACUCACUGUCCGCAGGGAGUGCUGCCCAGGCUCCUGCUGUGGUGACCCCACCCUCACCCCACUGACCCUGCCCAACCUCGCCCCCCUACCCAUCGGCCCUCCCUCGGACCACCACACCCCCCUCUCCUCCGUUCACGGACCCCCCAGAGAAAAUCGAGGAGGAUGUUCUGGAGGAGUUAAACUACGCAUCAAAAACAGACGCAGCGAGCCUGUCUCCAGACCUCACUCGUGGCACGCCACCAAGCUAGGCGAGGGCCAGCCAGACCCCAGCAUGAUGCAAAUAUCCCAGGACCCUCCUUGGCAUCACACCUACCCCUCCAGUGCGUCUACUACAGACCUGUCGGGCUACGACCCAGGUUACCUGAGGAAGAGUCCAGACCAGUACAGUUCUAGAGGAAGUAUGGAGAGCCUUGGGGAACACCAUGGCCACCCAGCCUACAGCUCUUCCUGCCACCAGCUGUCUGCCUCCAAGUCCUCCAACAGCAUGGACCACCUUCACAGCAAGAGAGACUCAGCCUACUCCUCCUUCUCCACCAGCUCUAGUAUCCCAGAGUACCUUGCGGCCGCUCCGACCUUUGGUAAAGAGAGAUCGUACUCCAUGGAGACGGUUCCGCAGAGGGGCGGGAUUAGUGGAGGGGGCGGGGCCGGGGCAGAGGGAAUGCAGCAAGCUGACAUCCGAUAUGUCCAUACGGUCUACGACCCCCAGCAGGGCGGUGCUCAGGAGCACGAGGUUAGCUCCGCCUCUGCUGCAUUACUACGCAGCCACGAGACUGGCAGGGCGGGGUCUUGUAGUGUGGGCGGGGCCGCCUGUUACCGCGCCACCAGUGGCAGUAGUAACAGCAGUGGCGGAAGCAGCGGUGGUGGUAACCAUGGUAAUAACCCCAACCGUCACAGUGUUGGGCCCAUUUGGGGUCAGAGCGCCAGCCGCAGUUCCUACGAGAGCCUGAAGGGGGCGCCGGCUCCUCCCAUGCGGAGCGACAGCUACGCGGCUAUCAGGAACCAUGAGAGACCAAACUCGUGGUCCAGCCUGGAGCAGGCUCGCUCCCUCAGGGCUCUCCACAAGGGGUCCACCUCCUCCUGGUACCACUCCUCUGGCUCCGUGGCCUCCGGCUCGGGGAAGGGCUCCUACGGGGCCGAGGGCCAGCUCCACACCGUCAUAGAGAAGAGUCCUGAGAGCAGCCCCACCACCAAGCCCAAACAGGGUGUGGGUCAGGGCUUCCCGCCGCCCCCCGAGCCCCAGCAAACAUCCACCCAGUCUGGCUGCCUCAUGCUGCCCCAGGGCAUCUACCCUGUACCCCCACCGGAGCCCCACUAUGCCCAGAUGCCCAUCAGCAGCCCCAACCCCAGCAGCAUGUACCCAGCCCUGGCCAGGGAGAGCAGUCUGAGCAGACAGAGAGAGCUCCAGGGGUUAAGGCUGGGGGUCAGUGUGGAUACAGGGAUGUCGGUAGGGGUGGAGAAUGGAUACCAAAGCAACCCCUCUAUAUCCUCCUAUGUCACUUCCUCUGGCCAGCCUCAGCAUCCUGACCUUGCUCAGCCUCCACCCAAACAGCCAGCUCAUCCAACCCAACCCGCAGACAGAGUGGGGGGAAAGUCAGGGUACGAGGAGACCCAAACUAAACUGGGUCUCUACAGGUGUCAUCUGAAGGGAGAGGGACAGACCGUAUCCCAAAGGCAGAGCCAGGGACAGGGUCAGGAUCAGGGACAGGGUCAGAGCCAGGGUCAGGAUCAGGGACAGGGACAGAGCCAGGGUCAGGAUCAGGGACAGGGUCAGAGCCAGGGUCAGGAUCAGGGACAGGGACAGAGCCAGGGUCAGAGCCAGGGACAGGGUCAGAGCCAGGGUCAAGGACAGUGUCAGAGCCAGGGACAGGGUCAGAGCCAAGGACAGUGUCAGAGCCAAGGACAGUGUCAGAGCCAAGGACAGUGUCAGAGCCAAGGUCAGGGACAGGGUCAGAGCGAAAGUCAGGGUCAGAGCCAAGGUCAGGGUCAGAGCCAAGGCCAGGGUCAGAGCCAAGGCCAGGGUCAGGGUCAGAACCAGGGUCAAGGACAGGAUCAGAGCCAGGGUCAGAGCCAAGGCCAGGGACAGAGCCAGGGUCAGAGCCAAGGCCAGGGACUGGGUAAGAGCCAAGGCCAGGGUCAGGCGUCCAGACUCUCCUCAGUCCAGUCUAUAAGCCAGUCUAUAGGCCAGUAUAUAGGCCAGGAGAGAAGGGACCCAUACACUCCAGUCCAACCGCGGGGAGAGAGGCUACCCAGGUACUCCCAGGGCUCAGAGAGCUGCCCUGAGCACCAUCGACAGGGCCAGAUCAGGGAGGAAGGGCAGGUCAGACACACAGAGCCCAGUCACUACACUAGUCACCCAGUGGCAGGCACCACCAUGCCCAGUAAGAUCGCACAGGGACAUGUUCCCCAGGGGAGCAACAGCAGUAGUACCCCAGCACAGGUGUCUGACCAGCGGGUAGAGCAGAGGGCCCAGGGGCCUGACCAGCAGGUAGAGCGGAGGGCCCAGGGGCCUGACCAGCAGGUAGAGCAGAGGGCCCAGGGGCCUGACCAGCAGGUAGAGCAGAGGGCACAGGUGUCUGACCAGCGGGUAGAGCAGAGGGCCCAGGGGCCUGACCAGCAGGUAGAGCAGAGGGCACAGGUGUCUGACCAGCGGGUAGAGCAGAGGGCCCAGGGGCCUGACCAACAGGUAGAGCAGAGGGCCCAGGGGCCUGACCAGCAGGUAGAGCAGAGGGCCCAGGUGUCUGACCAGCGGGUAGAGCAGAGGGCCCAGGGGCCAGACCUUCAGGUCAAUGACCAUAGAUCCAGGUCCCCCCUCUGGUACUACAGCGAUCCAAUUCCCCCCCAACCGCAGAGGGACCAGAGGAGACCUGAGCACCCCCUGACCCAGCUGCAGAACGUCCUAGCAGAUGUCCAGCGUUGUGACAGUCCUGAGAGCUCCAGCAACAGCCAGAGUAGCCACCAGAGGAGCCUCUCUGUUCUGGAGAAAGUGAACCGCUUCGAGGGCCGCGAGCAGAGCCAUGGGCAGGGGAAGCAGAGGAGUAAAAGCACCAGCGCCAACCACACCAACCAGAGGCCCUCCUCCUCCCGUCCAACCCAGCCCCAGUCUCAGCCCCAGUCUCAGACCCAGUCUCAGCCCCAGCACCAUGAGAGGGCUGGUAUGGAUGACCUGCGUAGCACGCUGGAGAGAACUAGCAGUCCCAGCAGCACCUGCAGAACACUGAGCUCCUCCUCUAGCUCACAUCAUUGGAAAACAACGGUGGCCCACGAGGGUCAUCAUUACGCAGAGCAGCAGAGGCCAGGGAGUUGUGACCAGACCCAGAGCUCCAGGUACCCCCAUCACCACCACCCUAAUCCACAGGACCCUCACCCUGGCUCGGCCCUGCAGAGGAGCAGGAGCACCUUCCAACUGGGGAGCCAGGAGGGCCAGGAGGGCCACGACAGAGACAGGGAUGGGGACAGAGAGUUCCGUUGGAGGGAUGACCUGCAGGACCUACUGGGGACCAUCCAGGACACGUCCUUUAACCGGGCCUACAGGAACAGUAUCAAGAACACCCAGUCCAAGGUGCUCAGAUCCACCUCCUUCAGACGCAGGGACCUGGGAAUCAUCGUCAGCGGGAGUGUUAACAACCACUCCCCUCCCAUCCCCAUCCCCGCCAAGCACUUAUCUCUGGAGAGGAAGGCACCUAAGACCAGCCCCAAACCCUCCAUUGUCUCCACUACUGUCCAAGCCUCCACCCGAGCCCUUGCCCUAGCUACCUCCACUCACACCCCCAAAGAAAGGCUUACGGUCACUGUCCCAGACCCAAUCCCAGCCCCAGCCACCUUUCCCUCGCCUCACACCCCCAAAGAGAGGCUUACGGUCACUGUCCCAGACCCAAUCCCAGCCCCAGCCACCUUUCCCUCGCCUCACACCCCCAAAGAGAGGCACGUUGUCACCCCAGAGCCCGAUAGGUUCGGUCCCCCAGAGCUCCUCAGCGUCCUGGCCAUGGGCCCACCAGUCCCGGCCCGUAUCGGUGGGCGUAAGCGACUCACCAUGGAGAAGAAGAAGAGGUCCUACUCCGAGCCUGAGAACAUGCAUGAGGUGGGGUUGGAGUCUGACCCAAGGAGGACUAGCCAGCACCAGCUGUUCCUUUUACCAGGUACAGAGACCAGCGUGGCGGACCGCAGGAGGAUGUUUGAGAUGGCUGCCAGUCGCAGCCUGAGCUCCAGCUCCCAGGCUCCCCAGCGCCUCCAGGGCUCCCAGGCUCCCCAGGGCCUCCAGGGCUCCCAGGCUAGUCUAGCCGUGUCCCGGCCGGAGCUCCGGCAGCUGCAGCAGGACGCCCUGGCCGACUACAUGGAGAGGAAGAGAAGCUGGAGGACAGACAGGGAUUGGGACAAGUCAGAGGGAGGGCGUGCCCACCGUGACCGCCCUCACAGCACCUACCUGCAGCCCUUUACAGACACCCGGAGUGUCUCUUCAACCUCCACCACCAGCCUAGCCUCUCUUCAGGAGCCUCUUGGUCAAGACAGCAGUCUCUCUGGUGGGGGAAGGCUCUGCUCCACCCUGCCUCCUGGCCUCCAGGGCUUCUAUCCAGGCAGGGUCACUGCACCACGCAUCCAGGCCAAGGCCCCAGCCUCAAUCUCCACCACCCACCCAGACACCUCGGGAUUCCACAGGCUACUGGAGGGAGAGCUGCCCAGAUCCAGCCUUGGUAGAGAAGAACCAGCCCAGGACUAUGAGGCACUCCAGAGCCAGGAGUUUUCCCUGCGAGGCGAUGGAGCCUUUGAGAGGGCAGUUCCAGCCCGGAACUCUGGCAAGUCAGCCUCUGCGGAGGACCUGCUGGAGCGCUCUGAGAGGCCUGCACCCCAGCACUUCAGGUCUCGCUCCUCGCCCUCUGGCGAGAGGCUAAAUCAGGACUUCAUGGCAGGAGGAGAUCUGAGAAUGUAUGGGAUAUUCUCUACUGAGCCCAGGCUUUUCACAAACAACGACAACAACAGGUCCAUGGACAACCAGCAUCCUGACAGACCUGGCUCUGCCUCCCAGUCCAUGUCCCAGUCCCAGUGUGCAGACACCCACAUACUACUGACCCAAAGCCCGUUCCAAAGCAACACCCCUGUGAUGAGGAGAGAUAGACUGAAGAACCCCGACCGCCAGCGGGCCCUUAGUGCCUCCAGCCUGGCUGCCUCUGUAGGUCUCCCCUGCCCCUUCUCUCCCCCAGGCACCAGCCCUACUAUCAGCUUGGACUGGCAGGCCAAUGAGAGGUUGAGCCAGGCCAACCUGGAUGCCAUAGCCUUCCCAACUCUGCUGCAGACCGCCACACUCGGGACCAUGUCCCCAGAGGCCCAGGUUCACCCAGAGGUCAGAAGAAGCCCCACAGAACAUCUACAGCAGGCCAUGGCCCAGGGCCAGAACCAGGGCUCCUUAGACACCAGCACCUCAGAGGAGGAGACCCUGAAAGACUUCCCCAGACAGAAAGAGGGGCCCUGCCCUCAAGCUUCAGCCAUUACACCAAAGACCAACCCACCCCUCGUCCUACCCAAAGCCUCCCCACCACCACCCCCAUUUAAAACCUCUCACAGACCACACAGCCUGCUCUCCCUCCGCAUCUCAGAGUCCACUCUGACUAUGACGAGGUAUUCCUCCAGGAACCGGCCCCUCGCUCCCCUAUUCCUCCCCCGCUCCCAAUCAGGGAGACGGACAUCACAGAGUACUUCCCUCCUCCGCCUCCCCUCUCCUGCCCCCCUCCUCACUCCCAGACAGAGAGGAGAAGGAGGAGGAGAAUCAUCAUGGACCUGGGCUACAGCACCUCAACAGACAGUCCCCCCCUCUAUCCCCCUGUCUCUCUCUCUGAGGCCAAGCCGUACCCCUGAGCUCCAGCCUGAGACCCCCACCACCCUCAGCAGCAGUUUCCCAGAGCCCCAGCAGGGGCCUAGCGGUGAGGAAAGCCUGGGGCAAGAGUACCAUCUCCCGGCCAGGAGGGAGAGGUCUGCUGGGGAGCUGAGGGUGGAGGCCCUGGCCAGACAGCUGGUGUCCCGGGGGGAUAAGAGCCUGACCCCGAUGCUGGACAGCUGGGCAGAGGGCGGACGGACCAUGGACCUAAUGGAGGAGAUCUUCCCCGCGGGGGGAGGGAGGUUGCUGUGGCAACGCCGCAGGACCAGCACCUGUCUGGAGGACAGAAGUCAAGAUGGUGUCUGUUCUUUCAGACCCAAUCUGCUGCAGAGAACAGAGGGAGGAGGAGGAAGAGGAGGAGGAGGAGGAAGAGGAGGAGGCGAGGUGGACACAGAUCUGGAUGAGGAUGAGACAGACUUCAAUCAGAAGAAGGUGGAGCUACUCCAGGCCCUGACUCUGAGCGUUACCUCCUUGCGAGAGGAGAAGGAGGUUCUGGCGGAGGAGCAGAAGAGGUUCCGGGCCCUUGGGGGCCACAUGGAGAGCCUGGUUCAGGAGCGCUGUAAGCCCAACGAGAGGGAGAAGUACAAGAUGUUCAUCGGGGACAUGGAUAAGAUAGUCAACCUUCUGCUGUCUCUGUGUGGCCGGCUGGCCCGGGUCCAUAACGCUCUCUCUGCCCUGGACAGAGAGGAGGAGACAGAGGACAGCCAAGAGGAAAGGGAGUCCUUACAGCAGAAACGCAGACAGCUGUGUAGUCAGCACGAGGAUGCCAGGGAGCUGAAGGAGAAUCUGGACCGGCGGGAGCGUGUGGUACUGGACAUCCUGACUGUGUACCUGACUGGGCCGCAGCUUAGAGACUACCAGCACUUCGUCUGUAUGAAACCAGCCCUGCUGAUCCGCCAGAGACUCCUGGAUGAGCUCCUUAAGCAGUGGGAUGAACAGCUCAGCAGGCUGGCUGAGAGUAUCUCUCCAGGGGAUCAUCAGGCCCAGCCCCGCUCACCUAUCCCUGGGUUGAACCCCAGCCUCGGCUCUAACCUUAGAGCUCCCAGCCCUAACCUUAGAGCUCCCAGUCCUAACCUUAGAGCUCCCAGCCCUAACCUUAGAGCUCCCAGCCCUAACAUUGGUCCUACCCAAACAGUCCGCUCCACCACUGUGACAUCACUGUGACAUCACCCCAACUACAACACUGCUCCUGGUCACUCCUACAGUUGCUGUGUCUCUGACUCAGUGGGAGGAGCACCAUGAGUCUGGCGAGUAAGAUACAACAGUACUUGGUUGAAGAGAGAGAUACAGUUCAUCCAGUUCUGCUCUAUAUGAAGCAGGAAGGAUGUCUGUCGGUCUGUCCCCUUGUUGCAGACAGACAGACAGGCAGACAGACAGGCAGACAGACAGGCAGACAGACAGACAGGCAGGCAGACAGACAGACAGACAGACAGACAGACAGACAGACAGACA